AUGCUCCCUGUCUUAGGGGAGACUCGCGACUCGUUGGCCGCCAUGCUGCCGUUCGCCUGCGCUCCUCAAUUCUCCGCAUCAGUAGUACAAUUCGAUGCCUCCAGCCAUCCGCCUGCUCCGUCGCCAUGCGCCAGAGCGUUCCUAGCAAAUGGUAUCCGUCCAUCCAUGGCACCGCCAGCACCAGCAAUCGCGUUCACCACCACGUCCUCGGGUGACAACCCCCACCCGCCGCAAUCGGAAUUUCCACCGGAUUCGUCGGAUUCCAUCGAGGUGCAGCUUCCCGCGGCCUCCACGCCGUUCCACUGCGACCCGCCGCCGCCCCUCGUGCGCACCACGCCUCGCGAGCUGCUGCGUCUGUUCCGCGACAUGACCGUCAUUCGCCGCGCCGAAAUCGUGUCCGACCUGCUGUUCAAGGAGCGGGCGGUGCGCGGGUUCUGCCAUCUGUACGACGGGCAGGAGGCCGUGGCCGUGGGCAUGGAGGCCGCCAUGGCGCCGCACGACGCGCUCAUCACGGCGUACCGCGACCACGGAUUUUUCCUUUCCAGGGGGGGCUCGCUGCAGGAGCUGUUCGCGGAGCUGAUGGGGCGGCGCGAUGGGUGCGCGCACGGCAAGGGCGGGUCCAUGCACCUGUACGGCGUGGCGCGGGGCUUCUACGGCGGGUGGGGCAUCGUGGGCACGUCGCCGCCGCUGGGCGCGGGGCUGGCUCUGGGGCAGAAGCUGGCGGGGCGGCAGGGGGGGGGCGUGACUGCCGCCGUGUAUGGUGACGGCGCUGCCAACCAGGGCCAGGUGUACGAGGCGAUGAACAUGGCAGCACUGUGGCGCCUGCCAGUGGUGUUCGUUGUCGAGAACAACCAUUACGGCAUGGGCACCUCUGAGCGCCGUGCAUCAGCGCAGACAAGCUUCUUCGAUCGUGUCAACUACAUCCCUGGCCUGCUGGACCCCUACCUCUCUGGACCAUACUGCCCGUGCAUGCAUGCGUGCAUGAGUGUGCAGGUGGAUGGCAUGGACGUGCUGGCAGUCAAGCAAGCCAUGGAGUAUGCCAAGCAGCAUGCCAUCGCCAAGGGUCCCAUGGUGCUGGAGAUGGACACGUACCGCUACCAUGGUCACUCCAUGUCCGACCCUGGCAGCUCCUACCGCCAGCGCACCGAGAUUCAGCAAACCCGCCGCGCCCGCGACCCCAUCGAGCGAGUGCGACGCCUUAUACUGGAGCAUAAAGUGGAGAGUGAGGAGGGGCUCAGGCAGGCAGACAAGAGGGUCAGAGCAGAGGUGGAUGCCGCAGUGAAGGCUGCCAGAGACGCAGCAGCUCCCCGUGACGAGGAGUUAUGGCAACGUGUCUAUAAGCUGGACAAGGGCAUGGUGUUCACAGCUCCGGUUGUGAGCGGACAGAGGGUGGAGAUGCCUUAG